AUGGUGUUGCCCUCUUUCGCAGAUGUACUGCCCGUCAAGCAACUUUCUUCGCAUCAGUAUGCUCUCACUCUUGAAAAUGAGUGGUGUAUAGGCACAGUCCCCAAUGGAGGCUACGUCACGUCGGCGUUCCUCGUCGUCGCGCGAAUGCACAUGUCCCUAACCCACCGCGCCCGCUCCUCUCCACACCCGAUAAACCUCCAUCUCGAGUUCUUACGGCGCACGUCCGUCGGGCCCGCGAUUUUCACGGUGAAGGACGUGAAACUGGGCUCUCGCAUAUCGAACCUACAUAUCACUCUAUCCCAGAAACAAGACGCCAGCAGCGAUGAAGGCCCCUAUCAGGACGAAGCGCAGGGGUACAUCACGAUGAGCAAUAUAGCCACGGAAGAGGGGUUGAGUCUCGACACGCAAUACCCCCUGUACCCUCCCGCCUUGCCAGUGAACGUCUCCCUGCUGGCCUCCCAGGGCCAGGACGAGAACUACACCCACCGCGCGUCUGAACCGUUCCCCUCCUUCCGACGCGCCGCGCAAAACAUCCAGAUCUUCCUCGUCCGUCCCGAGAGAAAGCCCGCGCCCGACAGAUCGACAGGGCGACCCCGCGCGAUGGUCGAGCAAUGGGUCCGCUUCACGCCGAAAACACAACGCUUCGACGGCGCCGUGGGCAGGUGGACGAACGAUGCGCUAGGUUUCCUGGUGGAUAUGUUCCCUCAGGUCGUGGAAAGUUACGUGAACCCUUUCGUGGAAGAGGCGGCAAUAGGCCAGCACACUCAAUCGGAUCUGAAACAGUUUCUCUCCUCGAAUGAGCCGAGAGCAAAGUACUGGUAUCCUACUCUGGCGUUGAAUCUGGACGUGAAGAAGCUCCUCCCCGACGAAGGGGUGGAGUGGCUUUUCGUCCGGGUGAAAGCGAAGGUGAUCAAGAAUGGACGCUUCGACUUGGAUAUCGAGGUUUGGGACGAACAGGGAGAGUUGGUGGCUAGCUCGGUCCACGCGAGUUUGGUCAUGGAUGCGAGUAGAAAUAUUUCGAGGAAGAACGGGAGUGGGAACGGCAAGAAGAAGGAUUCAAAGUUAUAG